AGGAAAUAAUCUCAUUGGACGACAAGAACAAGAACAAGAACGCAACGUGAUUGGUCGAUUAUCAAAAUUACCAUAUUUAUCGCUGUGCAAUUAAUACUUCGAAUUUAAACAUGGUAACAAAGGAAACUAUAAAUAGUAGUCCUAGUUUCCUCACAUAUUUCUCACUCUCACGUUAGUCAUGAAACUGAAAGGACCCCGAAGCUCCAUCCCUCCGCGCCUCCGCCGCCGUCAAUCCUCGCCGGAGAAGACGCAGUCACUUUUUCCGGCCUUAUAUUCCGUGCUGUUCUACAACGACAUCGUCCACGUCACCGUCGCCAAAAAGGCCAUCCACGUCCACCAAUGGAUUUCCUACAUUCGGCACCUCAACCGUCGCUUCGUCCGAACGUUGGUGGGUCUGGACACCGAGUGGCUCCCCAACAGGGCUCCCGGAGACGAUCAUCCAGUCGCCAUUAUUCAGCUCUGCGUGGGGUCUUCCUGUCUGAUUUUCCAAAUUCUUCACUCCGACAGCAUUCCGGUCUCCCUUCUUCAAUUCUUGGCCGACCCCUCUUACAUCUUCUGUGGUGUCGGAAUUGAAGGCGACGUCGAGAAGCUUUACUCGAACCACGGUCUGUUCGUGGGGUGUUAUGAAGACCUCAACAAUUUGAAUAAAAUGGCGACGUGGGGUGAGAAUCGAAGGGUUUACAGAUACAUGGGGUUAAAGAAGAUGGCCAUGGCUGUUCUUGGGAAGGAGAUGAAGAAGCCAUUGGAGGUGACUUUAAGCAAUUGGGACGCUGAGAAUCUUGAUCCUGACCAGGUUGAGUAUGCCGCCAUUGAUGCCUUUGUCUCCUUCCAGAUUGCUGUCAGGCUGACGUCAUGGAUUGCUAUGGCUACUCCAUUCUAGGAUUACUCGAACCAGGAUUUCAUGGAAGGUCGAUAGUGUUAGUUAGAUACAUUGCUGCUUGUAAAUCCCACAUUUUGACCAGACAAUAGUUUGUGUGAUACUAUGAUAUCUUCCAUCAUCACUGGAUCUAAAUUGAAGAAUCAAUCCCAAAUUGGAUUAGCUCUUCGACAUUUAAUGAAACAUAGUUGUUCUAGAAGCAAAUUUAUGUCCUCUUUUGUAUCUACAUUCUUUGGAUCAAACUUUCCCCCAUGUGGCCAUGUUAGCCUCUUGUGAAAGCC